UCAGAAACUGAUGCUCGAUGCUUUCAAGAGUGGGGGGACUAAGGAAGCGUCAGGGUCCAAAACUCGCAAGGCGCUUCAUUUUGAGGAAGAGCCUUUAGUUGAGGUGACUCAGGAGGUCGAGGGAGAGACACAAGUGGUGGCUAACAGUCAUGGAGGAACUGUGGAGAUCUCGGUGGCAUCUGCAGAGAAUUCUGGUGAAGAAGCCCAUGUGGUUGAUGGUCUCAAUAAUAUGGUGGAAGAGAGUGGGCUGAAUGUGUCUAAGGAAAAUCAGGAUUCUCGAACUAGUGAGGAGAAGUUCGAGAUGAAUGAGGGGGAUUUGGGAAGUGAAGUGGAGGGGGGACCUUUGGAGAUGGUGGCGGGCUUGGGUAAUGAAGAUGGGAGUCUGGAGUACGUGAUGUUUGAGGAUGGAGAGGAUGAAGAACAAGAGAGAUAUUUGGUGGAGGAGGGGAACCCUGGUGACACGGAGAUGGUGAUGGUGGAUGCUAAUGUUCUGGAGGGAGUUCCUCAAACUGAUGAUAUCGGGGAUCUUAUAGGAGAGAAAGGCCGUCAAAAGAAGAAAAGUGGAAAGCUUAAUGCGGCUGCGACGGGAGGGAACGCAAAGAAGAGGGCAGUGUUUCGCAUCUCCAAGGAAGAAAGUCAUGGCGAAGCAUCUCAGUAAGGUGGGAGAGAAGGGUCCAGUUCCUCCUAAGAAGGCCCCUGCAAAGUCUAAACCGGAUCAGGAUCAGGUUUAAGGUCUUCUGGCGGGUGUGUCUCUGUUUUAGUUUUUAAUUUUAUGAAUAAGUUGUGGGCUUUAUAUAUAAAGUCUUUUGGUACCUUUGUUUCUGUUAUGUUCUUUCGAUUCCAGUGGCCUCUGAUUAUGUCAGGGAGAUGGAAUAAAACUGUUGGUUUA